AUGUCUGUUUUCAAGUCUGUGUCGUCUGGGACCAAGUUCAUUCUAUUCUAUUUCGACAGAGAUAUCAGGACCACCAGGAAUCCUUUGCGCGGGGUUGCCAUGGACACGGAGUUCUUAUUGCAGUACUGCCUUGUUUCAAGCGCCAGGAUUGUCCAGAAGGAAUUGACAUUAGCUGUCUGUGAUAGAGACAUCCCUGAAAGUAGCAAGACUAAGAGAAUUGUGAAUUCAAUUGUGUCAUCAUUUUCAUUCAGGGUAUUUGGAGUCUUGCUGGUUUUUGUGGAUGUUUCUCUGGUCCUUACGGGCCUAAUUUUCACUGACAGCUCACAGAUGGUUUCUUUGAAAUAUCGUUCAGUUUCUUUAGCCAUUGCUUCAUUUUUCCUCGUGGAUGUUUUUCUUCGAGUAUAUGUAGAAGGGAAACGACAGUAUUUUUCAGAUAUGCUUAACUCCUUAGAUGCUAUCAUUAUUGUGGUGAUCCUGCUGGUUAAUAUCAUUUAUACUUUUCAUGACUUUCAGGGAUUGAACAAUAUCCCCAGAUUGGCAGUUUUAUUUCGAUCUCUACGACUAAUCAUUCUGAUAAGAGUUUUCCAUCUGGCUUAUCAAAAAAGGCAUUUGGAAAGACUGACCAGAAGGAUGGUUUCAGGAAACAAAAGGCGAUACAAGAGGGAUGGAUUUGACCUAGAUCUCACUUAUGUUACCGACCGAAUUAUUGCAAUGUCAUUUCCAUCUUCUGGAAAACAGUCUUUUUAUAGGAAUCCCAUUAAGGAAGUUGUACGCUUCCUGGAUACCAAACAUCGAGACCAUUAUAUGAUCUACAAUCUAUGCAGUGAAAGAGGUUAUGAUCCUCAGUACUUCCAUCAUAGGGUACGUAGAAUCAUGAUUGAUGAUCACAAUGUGCCCUCUCUGAGUGAGAUGGUGGAGUUCACAAAGGAAGUAGAUGAAUGGAUGGCUGAAGAUAACAAAAACAUCGUAGUGGUUCACUGUAAGGGGGGAAAAGGGAGAACUGGAACUAUGGUUUGUGCCUGCCUCAUUGCUAGUGAAAUAUUCACAACUGCAGAGGAAAGCCUUUAUUAUUUUGGAGAACGCCGAACAGAUAAAACCAGUAGCUCUAAAUUUCAGGGCGUAGAAACACCUUCCCAGAAUAGAUAUGUUGGAUAUUUUGCCAAAGUGAAAAAUGUCUACCACUGGAGUCUUCCUCCAAGGAAAAUCCUCUUUGUAAAACGCAUUGUUAUUCAUUCAAUUCAUGGUAAUGGGAAUGAUCUGAAAGUGCAAGUAAUAAUGCAGAAAGAGAUCGUGUUUUUCUGCUCUUUUUCUAAAAACUGCAGGAUAUAUCAUGAUGCUGAAACAGACAAAGUAAUAAUUAAUCUAAUCAACUGUCCAAGUCUAUAUGAUGAUGUGAAAGUGAAAUUUUUUUCUUCCUCAGAUCUUCCUAGAUACUAUGACAACUGCCCGUUUUUCUUUUGGUUCAAUACAUCUUUUAUAAAAAAUUACAGGCUUUAUCUUCCAAGAAAUGAAUUGGAUAAUCCCCAUAAGUCAAAAACAUGGAAAAUUUACCAACCAGAGUUUGCAGUAGAAAUAUAUUUUGAAUGA